UAGUUUUCUGAUUUACGCCUGUGGCAGAACGAUGCUCCCAAAGCGCAAGAUCGCUAUUCGCCCCUUCCCCACAUGCAUUCCUCUCUCGAAUGCAUGGUUCGAGACCUAGGACAAAUACGUUUGAAUGUACCAGAAAGUCCCACAGAUGUGAGACGAUGGCUGUUUGCGUCAAAGAUGAUUGCUGCGAACAGAAAAGCUUCUGCCACUCUCUUUCCGGACCACCUGCUCAAAAGUCCGAAAUGAUAUAAGUUACAUACUUCAAGUUUAUGGUCCUGUGACCCCAUCUUGGACGCCUCCACUGGUAUAUCUAGGACGGCCAUAUCCUGACCCGCACUUCGUCCCCUCCUCAGUUCUCUCUAGCCAACAUGACGCGAAUCUCAAAUGAUGACUCGAGGAAGGACGAAAAGCGAAUCUACCAGGAGACGGAUGAAGUAGUCGUCUCCGGAGAAAUCUCAGAGCUUGCUGUAGUCGCCGAAGGCGAAGACAGAACAACCUGGUUUGUAUGGAUUUUAGUAUGUUGUACAAGUAUCUCUGGUUUGCUUUUCGGUUAUGAUACCGGCGUUAUCUCUGGCGCACUUGUGACAAUUGGUGGCGAUCUCGGACCUGCAGAACUAUCUUCAGGUCAGAAGGAACUUAUUACUUCGGCAACAACUUUGGGCGCCCUUAUUGGUGGAUUGGUUGCCGGAAUGCUCUCCGACUUCCUCGGCAGAAGACCUGUUUUGGCUCUUGCCGAUGUCAUCUUCAUUGGAGGUGCUAUUGGUCAAGCUGUUUGCCAUACAGUAUGGUCAAUGAUUGGAUGUCGUUUCCUCAUUGGUGUUGGAGUGGGUGUCGCCGCAUGCGUCGCACCUCUAUACAUACAAGAACUCUCACCAACUAGAAUGCGUGGUCGAAUGGUUGUCGUCAACGUCGUAGCCAUUACAGGUGGUCAAGUCGUCGCUUAUGGUAUCGGUGCUGCCUUUGAGAAAAUGCAUGGAGGCUGGAGGUGGAUGGUCGGGUUGGGAGCUAUUCCAUCCGGGCUUCAAUUUAUCUUCCUGUUUUUCCUUCCCGAAUCUCCGCGCAUCCUCAUUCGCCGAGACCAAGUGGAGGCUGCACGAAGCGUGCUGAGCAAAAUCUACGCUCGGGCUACUGCAGAGCAGGUCGACCUUAAGGCACGCGUCUUAAGUGAUGCAGUCAAGCAAAGUGUCUACAUUGCCAACACCACGACUUUGUUCCAACGAAUCAGAAUGAUUCUUAUAAACCCCACUAAUCGACGCGCACUCAUCAUCAGUUGUGGUCUACAAGCCCAACAACAACUAUCUGGAUUUAAUACCCUAAUGUACUACAGUGCUACACUAUUCAAGGAGAUCGGAUUCGACAAUCCUACUGCCGUCGGACUCAUCGUCUCCGGCACUAAUUUCGUUUUCACAUUAUUCGCUCUCAAAUAUAUCGAUAUCAUCGGUCGACGCAAGAUCAUGAUCUUCUCUGCGCCUGGUAUGGUUCUCGGAUUGGUCCUUGCUAGUGUUGCUUUCCACUUCUUGACGCUGAAGACCGGGGGCCAGCUCAUGGAUGGGACGCAAUACUCUACCGCAUGGUCCGCAAUUGUCUUGCUCGCCAUGAUUUUCUAUGUUGCUUCUUACGCCACUGGUCUGGGUAAUGUCCCAUGGCAGCAGGGCGAGAUGUUUAGUCUCGAAGUCCGAGGUAUCGGCACCUCCUUUGCAACGACAACCAACUGGGCUAUGAACCUUCUUAUCGGUGCCACAUACCUCUCCCUCAUGGACCGUAUCACGCCUGCCGGUUCUUUUGGUUUCUACGCUGGCCUCUGUCUCCUUGGUUGGAUCUUCGAUGUCUUCUGUUUCCCCGAAACUGCGGGUUUGAGCUUGGAAGAAACUCAAAAGAUAUUCAAGCAUGGCUUUGGGAUAAAGGAGAGUGAGCGGUUACGGAAGGAGAAGCAGAGUAUAGCUAAGAGCGAGAAAGUGCCAGACGCUGAGAAGGCUUCAAGUUCAAGUUCGGCUUGAAGCUUGAAGGUGACUAUGACGCGAUUGAGAUGAUUGUCAUGACUCAUGACUAGGGAUAUGUGUAACGAUCAUGUAUUGUAGCCAAUUUUUGGAAAUUUGCUCUAAUCUACAAACGACCUAUGGAUACCC